GCUGCCGCCGCCGGAGGAAGACUUGUCACACUCCAGACCAACUCGCGAGUGGAGUGUCCACAUUAUCUUCUUAUUACUGCUUUUUUACAACUGACAUUUUUCCCGGGGGGGGGUCAUGGAUAAUCGGAUUUGCUGCAGAAUGAUGGACAGCUGAGGACACGACAGCACGGUGACUGGAAGAGAACGUGGAUACCACAUCUAUUUAGAGAAAGCGCUUUUGGUCGUCAAUUUCAAACUUCCCCAAAGCCUCCGCUGGCUCAUCUGCAAGGGGAAGGCGUCAUGGCGGCGUAUGGACAGACUCAGUACAGCCCCACCCUUCAAGCUGCCGGACCGUACGCACCUUACACGCAUCACACACAGGGCUAUGGCGUGCCCUCCUACAACAUCAAAACAGAGGAUGGCCUGAGUCACUCGCCAGGGGGACAAACAGGACUUUUGGGCUACUCCAACUAUGGCGGCGCCCCCGCUGGUCAGAGCCUGUACAGCUACUCCCACACACACGGUGCAGGCAUAUCCUCGGGACUUUUCCAAGGCGGCCAUGCCAUCUCCACUUCCACGCCGUUCAACCCCACCCAGCAAGAGUUCUCGUCGUACUCCAGCUACAGCCAGAGUCAGUACUCGCCCUACUACAACGCCUCGCAUCACUACAACAGCCCCUACUUGAGCGGCAGCAACAUCAGCCCCGCCGCCAUCGCCGCCCCGCUGGCCUAUCAGCACCCGGAGCACCCCGUCAUGUUACCCAAUCACAGCCCGGAGUCUCACGCAGGAGAGUACCACACGCCGCCCAGCCCCCCCACGCCAGGUAAAGAAGAGGCAGAAAGGGGCGGAGUCUCAACACGAAGGGGGUCUGACGGGAAGCUGAGGGGAAGGAAAAGGGUCAGCGACCCAGCGCCGCCUCUAGAUGCAGACAUUGAGCGCGUGUUUAUCUGGGACUUGGAUGAGACCAUCAUCAUUUUCCACUCACUCCUCACGGGAACGUUCUCUUCAAGAUUUGGAAAGGACUCGUCUAAAGCAGUGUCCCUGGGUUUGUGGAUGGAGGAGAUGAUCUUCAACCUGGCCGACUCGCGACUCUUCUUCAACGACUUAGAGGAAUGUGACCAGGUUCAUAUCGACGACGUGGCGUCAGACGAUAAUGGACAGGACUUGAGCACGUACAAUUUCCUGACCGACGGCUUCCAGAGCCCAGCGGGGGCCGGCUCAUUGUGUCUAGGCUCGGGGGUCCAUGGCGGGGUGGACUGGAUGAGGAAGCUGGCUUUCCGAUACCGGAGGGUCAAGGAGAUUUACAACACUUACAAGAAUAAUGUCGGGGGUCUGCUGGGCAGCCCUAAGCGGGAGGAGUGGCUGCAGCUGAGGAGGGAGAUGGAGGUCCUCACUGACCUGUGGCUGACCCAAGCUCUCAAAGCUCUGGCCCUCAUUAGCACCAGGCCUAACUGUGUGAACGUGUUGGUGACCACCACACAGCUCAUCCCCGCCCUCUCUAAAGUCCUUCUGUACGGUUUGGGAGCAGCCUUCCCCAUAGAGAACAUCUACAGCGCCACCAAGAUCGGCAAAGAGAGCUGCUUCGAGCGCAUCUCGCAGAGGUUUGGAAGGAGAGCCGUCUACGUGGUGGUCGGGGACGGGGCCGAAGAGGAGGCGGUGGCUAAGAAGAAGACCAUGCCGUUCUGGAGGGUGUCUUGCCGUGCAGACCUGGAGGCUCUGAGCCACGCACUGGAGCUGGACUACCUCUAGAGGGCGACACCUCCACCUGCGACACCACUUGAACUCUUCAACUGCACACCGGAAGUGCCAUUAAAAAAAAAAAAAGACUGAUUCGGAGUCAGUGGCGCCAAUGUUGUUUUUGGUUGCUAGGCGACGCUGCAUGACGUCUGAACAUACCAAAACAAGUCAAGGACCAAACAACAGGGAACUGCCAUAAAUAUGUUGUUGUUUUUUAAUUCAUCUCAUCAUUCCUAAUGCACAACAUUUUUCUUCCAUUUUCUUCUCAUCAAAACCACAUUUUUGGGUCUUAAUAGAUUGGUAGGAAUAUGAAAUAAAAUAGCAUCCUAGUUAGAGGCUAUUAAAAAAAAAUGCUCUUGAUUGUAUUUCACCAGUUUAAAUGUGAGCUAUUUAUUGUUGGCAUAAAAGAAUAUGGCCUUGUCAUUGUGGGAUGUAAAUGUUUGUGUGCUGUGUUUUAACCCCUUUUUUUUAAACCUGAGACUGGCUGUGCAUGUGCUAUGAUCACACUGCCUGUCAUCUUUACUUUGAUGUGUAUAUAAUGCUUUAUGGUCACUUUUCUUUUGACAGAUGGUUAAAAUAGACUUAAUAAAAAAUAAGUUAAUUGCA